AUGCAAAACCAACAAAAUCAACAUUACCUUCCUCCAAUCAGUACUCUUCUCGAACCUUCAAUCGAUAAGACAUAUAGCGCAAAUUAUUCUAACUCGGCCUCUCCCCCAAUGAACUCACCUUACCGUUCACCACAAUCGACUGAUGCACAUCAUCUUGCCGCGAUCAAUGCGCUAAACAAGCAAUCUUCUUUACAUUUGAGCGGUCUCGCAACUUCUCAACAUACCAGUAACAUUAGAACGUUGCUUUCCCCACCAGAAUCACCUGAUAUGAAAACGGCCGCAAAUUAUUCUUCUCCGUUUGAUUCUUAUAUGGUUCAACCAAGAUAUGAAUCCGAUAGAUACGUUCCCGUCCCUCAACAAACUCGACAAGUCUACGAAGAGCCAUGUAGCUGUUGCGUUAAACCAACUCCAGUUUACUCAUCUUCGCCUUAUUCACCAUCAUCGAUUUCUCAUCAUUCUUACGCUCAACCUCAACCACAAAGAUACAAUUAUUACCCCAAUUCCAUAUCACAAAUGUCCCCUUAUGAUUGUAAACCCACCGCUCCUUCCCUUCCACGUUUGAACACGGUUUUGGAAAGUUUGGCUUCUCAAAAACACUAUUCUCACAAGAACAUCGUUGAUCAAUUAUCACCAACCGGUUCUUCAAGUGGAAAUCGUUAUCAAUGCCCAUAUUGUUCCAAACGGUUUUCACGUCCAAGUUCACUUCGAAUUCACACUUAUUCACACACCGGUGAGAAACCAUUCGUUUGCACAGAACCAGGUUGUGGAAGAAAAUUCUCUGUUCAGAGCAACAUGCGUCGUCAUCUUCGAGUUCAUCGAUUGGGAAGACCAGUAAAGAAAACCAGAUACGAUGGUGAAGUUGAGGGUUAUAAAAUGCUUAGCCCGGCUGGCGCUCUCCGAAGUUAUUAA